AUGACUGGUGUUCCUAAAAAUCGUGGACCUUUAUGUGGUGAAGAAUUAUUUGAAUCAAGUGCAUUGAGUAAUGUUAAUCAAAAAAUGAAAUCGGAAUGUAUUUUAGACAUAACUCUAUCAAAAGCAGCCACAUAUUAUUAUACAGUUGUGUUUGAUGAACUUUGGCGACAAGUAUUACCCUAUAUGAUCGAUGAUGUGACAAUAUUGUUAGUUGUCGGUAUUACAAUGUUAAAAUUUAUAUUUGAUGUUGACAAAAAAUAUCGACGGAGACAUCCGUGGCGAUCAAAAUUCAUUAUACCAUUAAUGAGAAUAUUCGAAAUUAUUUGUGCUUUAUUUAUUCGUAAACACAAACAAAAGUUAAUUUUGCACUCAUUUUCAUCUUUAGCUUGCUCAUAG